UGUGCCAAAUUGAGUUGCUGCCGCUGUGCAGUGUGCAACUCUUUCAUUCUCUAACUCAGUAGCAGCAACAUUACACUACUUGAAGCGCUGAACUGAAACGAUAAAAAAAAAACCAUGGCAAUUUCUUCUACUUUCCGUAGAUUAUCAUCUUCUUCUCGCUCUCGAUUCACUCGCUACUUAUCUUCCUCUUCUCCUUCUCAUACAUUCGGUCCUCCUCCCCCGAUCACUCCCCGCAGAGUUGUCGUCACCGGUUUAGGCAUGGUAACUCCACUUGGUUGUGGAGUGGAAACCACAUGGACGCGGUUGAUAGAGGGCAAAUGUGGAAUAAGAGCUAUAACGCCUGAUGAUCUCAGAAUGAAUACGUUCGAUAGAGAAACUCAGUUGUAUACAUUUGAUCAAUUAACCUCUAAAGUUGCUGCAAUUGUGCCAUGUGGAACUGGCUCUGGUGAAUUCAAUGAGGAAUUGUGGCUUCAAUCUAAGGAGCAUCGGUCGAUUUCAAGGUUUAUUGGGUACGCAUUAUGUGCUGCUGAUGAAGCUCUAAAGGAUGCAAACUGGGUACCUACUGAACAGGAACAGAAGGAAAGAACGGGUGUCUCUAUUGGUGGGGGAAUUGGAAGUAUCACUGAUAUAUUGGAUGCUUCACAAAUGAUUUGUGAGAAGAGACUUCGUCGGCUUAGUCCAUUUUUUAUCCCACGAAUAUUGAUCAACAUGGCAUCUGGCCAUGUGAGUAUGAAAUAUGGAUUCCAGGGACCAAACCAUGCGGCUGUUACUGCCUGUGCUACUGGAGCACAUUCCAUUGGUGAUGCUGCUAGGAUGAUUCAGUUUGGAGAUUCAGAUGUUAUGUUGGCCGGAGGCACAGAGUCCAGUAUAGAUGCUUUAUCAAUUGCAGGAUUUUGCAGGUCAAGGGCUUUGACUACAAAGUAUAAUUCUAUGCCAAUAGAAGCUUCCCGACCUUUUGAUUGUGAUAGAGAUGGCUUUGUGAUUGGUGAAGGUUCUGGUGUUCUUGUAUUAGAAGAACUUGAGCAUGCUAGAGAACGAGGAGCCAAAAUUUAUGCAGAGGUUCGCGGCUAUGGGAUGUCAGGUGAUGCGUAUCACAUUACUCAACCACAUACUGAUGGAAGAGGAGCUGUUUUGGCCAUGACGCGUGCCCUAAAACAGUCUGGUCUUCAUCCCAAUCAAGUGGAUUAUGUAAAUGCUCAUGCUACAUCUACACCUUUGGGUGAUGCUAUAGAAGCCAGUGCCAUGAAGACCAUAUUCUCUGAACAUGCAAUAUCAGGUGCUCUGAAAUUGUCUUCCACAAAGGGUGCAAUUGGCCAUCUCCUUGGAGCAGCUGGUGCUGUUGAAGCAAUUUUCUCAGUUUUAGCCAUAUACCAUGGCAUUGCGCCAUUGACUCUUAACCUCAGAAAUCCAGAUCCCAUAUUCAAAGACAAGUUUAUGCCGCUGAAUGCUUCGAAGGAGAUGCCAAUAAGAGCAGCAUUGUCAAAUUCUUUUGGCUUUGGAGGAACAAAUGCAUCUCUAUUGCUCACAUCUGUCAUGUAGAAGAUCUGAUUGGAUACGUGAAGUUGAUCUGGAACAUUGACAUGAAAGUUAUGGGUAUGUUUCUCCAUGCUAUUAACAUCUGCAGUUUCUGGAGCCAUCGAAAUGACAAGAUGAUCACCGUGCCAAGAUUGUACAUGAAAAACACUCUCUGUAUACAUGUUAUAAAAAUGGAUAACAUUCCAUAAAAUUUUGAGACACAGAAUCUGGCAGAACUGAUUAAGCAAUUAGUCGGAUAGCGGCCCAGGGCAUCUAUCAGAAUAUCAUGGGGACUUGUUUCUGGUGCACCAUUAAUGCUCGGGGAGUCUGUGAAUGAGCAGAGUCAUGGAUCCUGUUUGCAUUUUAACUGUAGACACUGAAAUUUCAGCUAAUAAAAUCAAAUGGCCAGUUAAACUAAUUA